AAAGCACUGCAGUUCUUCGUGGAACGUCUGCGUGAACGACGUCGUCGUGGGAAGGCACACCUGUUGAAGUCUCUCUCCGAUCAGCGCGUGAUUUGGACGUUGCGGCGCCUAAAUCUGUUGCCGAUUAGAAAAGUGCUCCAUCGCGGCUGAGAGUGUUCUCUUUAUUGGCUGUCGUAUACAAGAAAGAAGAAAAAUGAUAACACUCGUGCUUUUCGGUGCUCUUGUGACACUGUCCUCCGCCCAAUUUCAACCACAACCCAGCGGUCGGAUUCUGGAAGCGCCAAAUCCAGGACUUUGCGCACAAAGAAUUAUCCAUCAGCGGUUCAAUGGAAAAGGAUAUUACUUUUCGUGGGCCAAUCAGAGAACGGCUGGCCAGGAGUUGGACUGGUUGUCCGCCAGAAACUACUGCCGACAACGUUGCAUGGAUCUAGUUUCGCUGGAGACUUCUGCCGAGAACGAGUUCGUUAAGAACCGCAUCGUUCAAGAUAAGGUGAAGUAUAUCUGGACGUCUGGUCGUCUCUGUGACUUCAAGGGAUGUGACCGUCCGGAUCUGCAGCCUCUUCACAUCAACGGCUGGUUCUGGACCGCCGAGUUGCAGAAGCUCGCGCCGACCCAUGAUCGCGCUCAAAACGACUGGUCUGAGAGCGGCGGCAUUGGCAAGCCGCAGCCUGACAAUCGGGAGGCUAUUCAGGGCGGCGCUCCCGAGAAUUGUCUGGCGAUCCUUAAUCAGUUCUACAACGACGGUGUGAACUGGCACGAUGUGGCGUGUCAUCACAAGAAACCGUGGGUCUGCGAGGAGAACGAGUCCCUACUGAGAUACGUUCGCUUCACCAAUCCGGGUAUUCGCGUCUAAGAAGAACUUGAAGAAAUGGCAACUUCGUUCAUCAUUGAAACGGGUUUUUACAAACGCGUCCACACGGCAUGUCUGAACAAGCGACUGAAUAGUAUCAUAUAUUAGAACAUCUAUAUUAUUUAUUAUUAUGUAAUCAUAAUUACAUAAUGUAUCUUCACAUAUACUGUCCUAUUUAGAACUUAGAGUAGAAACAUAUCCAUUAUAUAUUUAAAUGCUUUUGCUGGAAAUUUUGAUAGACACACUUUCAGUUUAAGGAACAUCACUAUUUAUAUUCAUGUAGAAACAUAAAGAUGUAAUAAAAUUUAACGUAUAACAAUAGAGACUGCAGGUCAGGAAUUCUCUUAAGAGAUUAUUGUUAGUUCGUAAUAAAUUUUGUGUACACACAUACAUAUAUAAAUAUAUAUUCCCGAAAGAAUAUACAUUUAUAAUUGUAUACGCCAGAAAUAGCAAUAAACUCAUGGACAAUAAAUAA